AUGUCCAAGAACACUUGUAUAAAGAUCAAGUCUGCUGGCAUAGCCCAGCUGGUGCAUGAUGCGCCAAUCCCGAAACUCAAGGAUGAUUACAUCCUCGUGAAGACAGCCGCCGUGGCCCUCAACCCGACGGACUGGAAACAUAUCGACGAAAUGGCCACUCCAGGGGCGACCGUGGGCUGUGACUAUAGCGGUAUAGUGCAAGAGGUCGGGCCUGCUGUGUCUAACGGCCUGAAGCCUGGUGAUAGAGUCGCUGGUCUAGUACAUGGAAGCAAUGCCUCAAACCUCGAAGAUGGAGCAUUCGGGGACUAUAUUAUAGCAAAGGGGAACAUCCAGAUGAAAAUUCCCGAAGGUGUCUCAUUUGAAGAGGCUGCUGCUAUUGGAGUGGGCGCCAUAACUGCUGGCCAACAUUUGUUCCAGAACCUCCGCCUUCCACUGCCAACACGACCGUCACAGGAGUCGGUAUUCGUCCUCGUUUACGGCGGGAGCACAGCCACAGGUACUAUGGCAAUUCAACUUGCUAAACUUUCCGGACUAACCGUCGUGACCACAUGCUCCCCCCGAAAUUUCGACCUCGUUCGUGACCUGGGUGCGGACCAUGUCUUCGAUUAUAAUUCUCCAGACGCUGUUUCCUUAAUCAAAGAGGUCACCGAACACGCCCUACGUUACGCUCUGGAUACUGUUGCCAGCGAAGUGACCGCCAGGUUUUGCUGCGACGUGCUUGGGAAGGAAGGCGGCAGAUAUUCAUCAGUAUUGCCUAUUCCUAAGCUUCCACGUAAGGAUAUUGUCAACCUCUCGUCUAUGGCAUUCACAGCAAUUGGGGAGGCAUUCGAAAUCGCCGGGCAGAAAGUCCCUGCCCGACCAGACGAUUUCGUGUUUGCUGCUGAUUUUAUAAAGCUGGUCGAGGAAGUUUGGUCCUCCAAAAAGCUUAGCGUCCAUCCGUUUGAAGUCAGAUCGGGAGGCUUUGAUGGUAUUUUUGAGGGGCUCCAGGAAAUGCGAGAGGGCAAAAUCAGUGGACGUAAGCUAGUAUACUCUGUUUAG